UGAGUGCCUGUCGAGGAAGGUCGUCGACUCGAGGCCGACGCCAAAUUACCCCACUACCUGCACCUAGCACUCCAAAGGACUCUACCAGGGAUUUACGCCAAGAGAUGAAUGAAAUGAGGCAGACCUCGGCAGGUAUUUUGAGGGUAGUGGAUACGCUCACUGCCAAUCAACUGAGGCAAGAUCAAGCGCAACGAGAGACAAAGGGUGGUUCAGAUGGGAAUAACGAAGGAGGACAAACUCCAAAUCAGGCGAUUCAAGAAACAGAUGGUAAGGGAAAAGAGAUCAUUGGGGGCGAGUCCAGUGGAGCUAGAGUCACUGAGUAAGGUCCACAAUGAAGAUGGAACUUAUGAAGAGGAUGAUGGCUUAGGAUACUUAGAAGAUGAUGAUGGAAGAGAUGUAGAAAAUGACAAGCUUAUUCGUCAGCACGUUACACAUGGAUUUCAUUUGGUUGAGGGGGAAAUGGGUUACAAAAUGGAGGAUUAUAUAGUGGCAAAGAACAAAGAAGUGAAUGGUUGUGAACUGGGUUUAUAUGCCAUUUUUGAUGGUCAUGGUGGUCGUGAUGUUGCAGAAUAUUUGCAAAACCAUUUGUUUGAGAGAAUAUUGAAAGAGCCUGAUUUCUUCACAAGCCCAAAAGCUGCAAUUAAGAGAGCAUACAGAGAUAUAGAUAACGAGAUAUCCAAGAACAUAGAUGGUUCGCGGGGAUCAACAGCAGUAACGGCAAUUUUAAUCAAUGGAGAGAAACUAAUUGUAGCCAAUGUUGGUGAUUCCCGAGCAAUCUUAUGCAGAAAUGGUGCAGCAAAAGCAAUACAAAUAACUGUUGAUCAUGAGCCACAAAAAGAGAGGGAGAUGGUUGAGAGGAGAGGAGGAUUUGUCAUACAGAUGCCAGGUGAUGUGCCACGUGUCGAUGGAAAACUUGCAAUGACAAGGGCAUUCGGUGAUGAAAGUCUAAAGGAGCACAUUACUGCAGAACCAGAUACAGUGAUUGAGAUGAUAGAUGCAGAUACUGAAUUUAUAAUAUUGGCAAGUGAUGGUGUAUGGAAGGAAUGAGGUAUAAAUAUGUGGUAGCAGCCUGAAGUACAAAGGUGAUAGCAUGCAACAAAUUCUCCAAAAGGUAUUAUGCGGGGAUCGCCUUUUGAAAUCAUUGUGCAAAAAGUGGCGCACACACUCUUCCAUUCAAGUGUUUGAUUUCCUUCAUUCAGAACUCCUUUAAGUAUGUUCAUCAAAAAAUUCAUCCAUCCAGCUAAGGUAUAGGAGAGGGGCCACCUCUUGAGGUCAUAGUGCCCAAAGUAUUAUACAGAAAAAUCCACUAAGAUACUGCCUAAAUUGUUCUUGGGGGUCACCUUUUUAGGCCAUAUUGUAUUAAGUGCUACAGAAUUCUUGACCUAUGUCCUUAAUUAAAAGAGUAUCCAGCUAAGGUGUCUUGUUGGGGCUCACUGGAGGCCAUGGUGCUCAAAAGUGCCACAUAGGAAUGAAUCCUUUACAAUGUAUAUCAGUGGACGAAAAUAAAAAAGAAAAGGAGAAUUAAUUAUCCUAUGUACCUGCAAAAUGCAUGUACUAAGUUUUGCCAUUUUAUUCUCUUUUUCUUUCCAUUGAAAAAUAUACCUGUCCCAAUCAUAGUCUUUCUUGGAUGGUGCACUUUUCCAUUUUUCAGUUGAUACAGCCAAGGUGUUCUAAUGGCGGACUUCUCUCAAGGCUGUAUUGCUCAGAAGGUCAUGCAACAAUCCCUUAAAGCUAUGCACCAGUCUAUUACAAGAAUGCAUAUCCUGCAUCUGAUUAGUUGGUGUUUUGCAUCCAUUGCAAAAGGUUCACAGGAAUAUGGAUUUGUUUUGUUUUGAGAGAAUGUUAAUUUUGUUAUGCAAAUGGAGAAUCUUUUACUUGCCUGCCCUAUUUGCCUAUGAAUUGGUUUAAAGUAUAAUUAUCUCUUUGUAUUUUAAUUUUCAUGUCAUCUAACUUACAUGGAAUGUUGCCUUAAUCCUUUAGAAAUCCUUGCCCAUUGAAUCCUGUAUCAUUCAAAUUCUCCCUGAUCACUACUACUAAUCAUUCUACCAUUCAUUUGGAGCUCUACUCAUUUAGUUGCUUACCAAGAUCCAAUAGCUCAUCGUAAUUAUUGCGUUCAAAAUAUCAGAGUGAUAGGAAGUAGUUGUUUUGUUUUAGAGGAGACUUUUUGGAGAAGGUUUCAUGAAUAAAGAUGCCGCCUUCUUUUGAAGUCCUUGUAUAUUAGUUUCCUAGUUUGGAACAUUUCAUAUUUUUCAACAUAUUGCCUAUGUUGUAUUAUGUUUAUAAUCAAAUCCAUUUAGUUAAGUCCUAUAUGAUCAUAUGGCAUGCUUGGGCAACUUCUUCAGGUAUUUUUGCUGUCGUAUUUGAUCAAAUAAUCAGUGUAUUUCAUUUGCG